UCUCCAAAAAUCGCGACAUCGCCAAAGUGACAUGAUGCGCCGGCGAGGGCGGCAUUCGGAAAAAAUGGCGGAUGUUGAAGUGAAAAAGCUGAAGAUUGCAGAGCUACGCAAGGAGCUGACAGACAGGGGUCUAAGCUCAAAGGGUAACAAGGCUGAGCUGGCAGAAAGAUUAGCAGAAAUCCUUGAUGGUUCAGGUGGCGAUGCUGUCUUGGACAAUUCUGUCUUAGACCAUGAAGUCGAUGCUGAUGUCCUUACAGCAGAUGAUGAGGUGGAUGAUGAGGUGGAAGAUCUAUUAAAUCAAGAUGAGGACCUUGAUGGAGGGGAUGAAGGAGAAGAAGAUACAGCUGCCACAAGAAAAGUAGAAGUGGAAAUAGAAGAGGAAGAGGCGGAGACGAAGGUUGAGGCUCCUGAAAUCAAGAAAGUUAUCUCUCCAACUACCAAAUCAAUGACAGAUACUGAGAAAAAAGCAUUACGAGCUCAGAAAUUUGGAGUUGCAGGUUCCCUCUCAGAUGCAGACAAGAAGAAGGCAAGAGCAGAAAGAUUUGGAAUGAAAGCACCAGAAUCAAAAGACAAACCAACAGCAGCAGCAACACCAACUUCAAAAGGAAUAUCAGUGUCCGUAGAUACAGACAAACUCAAACAGAGAGCUGAACGCUUUGGAAAAUCUGUGUCUCCACCAGCACCAGCAAUUAAGGGUGAGGAGGCAGAGAGGAUAAGGAAAAGAAAAGAAAGGUUUGGAGCUGUGACCAUCUCUGGACCAGGCUCAAAAGCAAAGACCAAUGCUGCUGGGGGUGAUGAUGCCGAGGCCAAGAAACGCAAGAGAGCGGAAAGGUUUGGGAUGGCAUAGCAGGAAAGCUUCAGGUAUUCAGCAAAGCUUUGUGACCGUGUUCCUUUCAGCGUGUCCUAGCGCUUGUACAGCAUCCUGUAGAUCUUUCUUCCACCUCCUGAAUACCUCAGUGACACCGCCAAAACCGUCUCCAAACCAACUGAUUGUUGGCUAUUUGUAAUGUAAUGUAAAUUCAUGGCCGGUGUUUUACCGGUCCGGCGUUCUAUCGGUCCAAUGUUUUAUGGGUCCGAUGUUUUAUCGGUGCGGUGUGUGUCUCGUAGAUGCGACUGAGGUACAUGUAUAACUCUGUAAAGCGCACUGAGCCAUAAGCCCUAAGGACGGAAAGGACAUUGGGGGAUUCUAUGAGACCCAUUUAUUAGCAGAUAUCUCCCAAAAGUCAAUGCUGCCCUCGCCAGCUGAAAGGAAACAAGUAACCUUUGGAAAGUUCUUUUUGUUGUAUAAUCCAAGCCCACAGGAGUCGAGUAUCUCCUGAAUUGAGCCUAUGAAAAUGGGAAAUUCUGACUUUUUUUGUCGUGUUGUGCAAACUGAAAUACUAUAACUGAUUCCAAAAUGGGGGUGUGUAGUUUGUUAGUUUUUCUUCUCCUUCUUUUGUUAUUGAAAGCCUCAUUCAACUUGAAAAAUUGACACGUGACAGAGUGCUUGGGAAAUAAGACUUGCUUUAUAUCGUAAGAACAAUUUGUUGCUUGUUUCCUUUUCCCCAGUGGCAGAAGUUAUAUCAGGUUUUGAUUAGAUCUAUGGGAAUGUAAAUUCUGAUUUCCACUUGCUUGCUUAGCAGCUGUUGCUCUCAAUUAGAAUUGGUAUUCUGUUGGACUUCAUCCUGAGAACUAAAGAGAAGGUACCAUUUCUCGGCUUGGUCGGUUCUUACCUACAAAAGUUCCCAGAUGCAGAAUCGAAGGAUGUAAUGAUAUUCCAACCAUGAUAUAUUUAUUAAGUUAGUGCAAACAAUAAAAUAUUUGGGUAGAAGCUGUGAUUUCUUGUAGCACUAGCAGCAUCAGUAUUUAUAACGAGUUUUUCUUACAAUUCAUGAAGGAAAAUGAAAGAUAUUAUUAAUGUUUAGUGCUCACGUAGAAGCUUAAAGGGUAAUCCAACCUUUGUAAUAAUUUAAUUUGAAAGCAGAAGAAUCAGAGAAACAGUAUGGUGAAAGUUUGAAAUAAAUUAGAUCAAUAUUAAGAAUAUUAUGAGUGUUUGAAACAUGAAAUCACUAAAGCUAAGCAAAUUUUAAAUCAGCAAUUUGGUCAGUUGAUUGUGAUGUAGUCGUAGAUAACUCUACCAUUUGUUUUGUAUAAAAAAAAUACCCUAGGUUUAUGUCUUUCUCUUAAGCAUCUUCUCCCUAGGAGCACUACACAGAAAUGUUCUGUGGAUAGCAUAUUUUUAAAGGUUCUUUAAAGGUAUAGACCAGUUUUGGAAACACCCCCCCCCCCCCUCUCAAAAAAUGAAUUGGAAGCUCUUAUUACCAAUCAUGUGAAAGAAUAUAUUUUGACUAAUACGUGAUGAUACCAAUUUUGCAGGGAAACCGCCUACUAAUUGAUAUUGGUAAAUUAAUAUAUCUAUCCCGACUGGAUAGAUAUCGUGCAGUCCCAUAUACAUCUUUUACACCAAUACUUAUAUGCUAGAUAAUCAACCUUUUUCUGAUCGAUUCCUCAACGUUUCUUUCACAAUGCGAUCUCAUGACCAGAACUGGUCCAUACCUUUAAAAACAAAAGACACCCCAAGUCAUAGAAUUUGAAAAAUUAUAACUUCAGUUAUAUUGAGUGUUGGAACAAAUAGGAAAGUUGUCCAGCGCUUUGACACAGUCACAAGACUGAUUUUGCCAAUUUAAAGUGCCCAUACAUUCAGUGAUUAAAUCUCUCAAAAAGUUGUAACUUUUUAUGUUUUGUCCAAUUUCGUUCAAAUUUUCACUAAUAUGAAUUCUUUUAGAGCAGUCUGCUAAUAUGAAUUCUUUUAGAGCAGUCUGCUACUCUGCUGUUAAGGUUGGAUUUCCUUUUGUGCUUUAUAUCUAUGUCCUAGUUAGUGUAGAAUGUAUCAGCGAUUUUCCUGACUUGUAUGCAUUUUUUUUCUAUAUUUGAAAUUGUAGUACACAUCAUAUCUCCUUGCAUCCUUUGUGAUUAAUUCAUUGUAGAGCAAGCAACUUUUCUGAAUAUUUUUUCUGCAAACUUUCUAGUCUUGAGUCCCUCUUAGAGGGGCAAUAUGAUGAUUUCUCUGAAAGCUAAUCUUGAGCUCUGGUACGGGAAUCAUAUUUUUUGAGAGAAAAUUGCUACAAUUUAUUCUGGAUUGUUUUUUCUGCAGUAGAUCGGUUGUUUGAACCAGUGAGAUAAAAACAAAUGUACAAACAUUUACUGGGCAUCAUCUUCAAUAAAAAACACAACUCCCAUUUGCACAUAGUGACCUGUGUUAUGGUGUUGGGCCUGCUUACCCCGAUAUCCUUAUCUUUCUAUGCUCAUUUCUCAGCCACCAUACAUUUUCUACUAAAAUUGUUUGGCAACAUUUAUUUGUCAUAUUCAACAUGCAGUGUAAGUUUAGUUGGAUCCUGUGAGAAUUUAUUUUCUAUAUGGACCAGAACUCAGCUUAUCUUUAAAUCAAAAUGUCAUUUCAAAUAUCACUAAAAUAGUUGAAUUGGAAAGGCCAUCUGUGCCAAUUAAUCCCAUAGAUGUAUUUCAAUGUUUGUGAUUUUCAUUAGAGGUCUGUUAUUGUAUUUCUUUUAAUUUCCCAAAUAAUUUCCCUGGUUUUAAGCACUUCCAUUUAUUACUCAAUCAUUCAUGUAUUAUACAGUUAUGGUAGCUCAGCAAAACGAAGUGACGUGAAAAGGCGCGUCAGGAACGCAAAAUGUGAAAUUGUUGAAAUUCAUAUUUGUAUGCUAUUGAGGUACAUCAUUAGGGCAUGGAGCUAGUAAUUCUCUCCACUUGAUUGGAAUUAUACAGCCUUUUGCAUUCCAGACGCAUCUUUUCAUGCCCCUACAUUUUGCUUCCUAAAUCCCAUUUCUUUAUGCCAUAGUAAACUGUUGUGUUUUUUAAGCGUACUGCACUUCACAUUACUGUAUCUUAUAAUAAACACAUGGAUUAGUGAGUAUAUGUUUGACCCUUGUUGCGCACAGGUUCUUUGUUCAUCCCAACUUUCUCUUCGUUUAGUCUGCAGCAUAUGGGAACAAGCCUUUACAGGUAUAUAGUUGAACCUGACCACCUGUCUAUGAAGGCUACCGGUAUAGAGUUGUCACUUCUUUUUAAUCCCAAAAAAAAAACAGAAAAAAAAGUCAAAUAGUGUUAUGGAUACAUCUCUUUUUGAGUUAAAACAUUCCCCAGAAAGAAGGCAUUUUGAAGGUGCCAGUAGAAUUUAUCUGUAAAAAAAUAGAAAAAUAUGUCAUACUUGCUCCCAAAUGUCGGUUAAUUUUUUCACAUGUAUUCUACAUUUUAGAAGGUAACCCUUUUCCUUCUUGUUUGCUAGUUAUGUAAUGUACAAACCAACUUGUAAAUUAUGGCAAUUUAUAAACUGUUUUUAACUGUGUUUCUCAUAGCAAGGAUUGGCAUAAAGUUGUAUUUGUAGAGUAUGUUUAAGAUGUACAUCAAAGGGAAAAGUGAUCAAGUAAAGCAAUAAUCGACUUUUAAAGAUUA